CACAGAGACCGGCCUGGGCUGAGGAACCAGGCCGUCUUUCUGCUCCAUCCAGAAGGGAUGAAGCCCGGAGAGAAACUGCUGGUGAAGCUCCUCCAAACAGACGACCUGAUGAUGAUCAAGAACAAUUUGGUGGAGCCCAAGAGGAAGAGAAGGUUCCCAGGAAACAGUGCUCCACUGGACCGGCUAUCAAUGGGCUCCAUGGAGAACAGGCAGGGGAAGAAGAAGCAGAGUAAGGUGGUCGAAUCGCAGCGACGACGUGAAAACCCUCCUCCCAUUGACCGGGUCGGAAUGAGUCGUCUACCAACAACAAGAGGAUAGCUUUCUCCUUUCCACAGAGAGCCCCUCUUUUCUAAAGGACUCCCUCUUCUGGACUGGUCACUACAGAUGAUUAUUACAGCCAAUCACCUGCUGAGCCACACCUGUGACUCUCCAACACACCUGGACAUGCCAAGCCCUUUAUUAAAUGAUGCAUUCAGGUGCAGCUCAGAGAAUCUGGACCAAAAAAACAUGUCUUAAGGAGAAAUAAAACAUAUUUAUGCAAAACAGACUUAAUCCAAGACUUUAAAAUACAGAAAAGUAAGUUUCUUCCUAAAUAAAGAGCAUUGGAAAAGAUUAAUUCAUUAAUGUAAAUAAAUGCAACUUCCUGUCCUCUCGAAAUAAGUUCAAACAACA